AGCACUAAAUUAGGGUUCGCUGCCGACUCAGAGUUGCGCGCACACUCUCGCUCUGGAGUUCCAGAUUUUGGGGGAGGGCUCUUCAAAUGCCUGCAAAAUUUUGUGCGGAAUCGUGGUGUGAGAACGUUAGGGAGUGCUGGAGUUCGCUUUCUUUGGGGUGAUUUUGGGAUAGGUUUCAGUUUAGAUUGGUUGUCUGAUCGGUUCUGAGAUGGCGCCCAGCCGAAGGAAAGGCGCCUCUAAAGCUGCUGCUGCUGCCGCCGCCCGCCGCCAGUGGAAGGUCGGCGAUCUCGUCCUUGCUAAAGUCAAAGGCUUUCCUGCCUGGCCUGCCACGGUAAGUGAGCCAGAGAAGUGGGGCUAUUCAUCUGAUUGGAAGAAAGUACUGGUUUACUUUUUUGGAACACAGCAAAUAGCCUUCUGCAAUCCUGCUGAUGUAGAGCCAUUUACGGAAGAGAAGAAACAAUCACUUCUUGUCAAGCGCCAAGGGAGGAGUGCAGAUUUUGUGCGUGCAGUACAGGAGAUCAUUGACUGUUAUGAGAAGUCAAAGAAGCAGAAACAGGCUGAUGAUUCCAACUCUGGUGAUGUAGUUGCCCUGGCAAAUGAUGGCAAUUCAGUGGACUCACCAGGAUUGAAGGAUCUCAAUGACACUUCUGAGGCAAUGCUAGAUUUAAAAAAUUCAAAUUCCAUCACUGAUGGAAAUGAUCCAAGUCUUCCUACCAAGGAUACCCCAGCUGGAGCAAAGAUGGAUGAUUUGUGUGAUAAAGAAUCAGUACCAGUGCAACCUGCAGAUCAUUUGUUGGCUAAAGAAAAACCUAUUUUGACUACUUACUCAUCAAGAAAAGGAUCUGGGGGAUUGCGAUCCAAUAAAUCUGCUGGACAGUGGAAGGCACCAUCUGUCCAGAGGACUAGAAAUUCAUUAAGGUUGGAAUCAUCUAGAUUCCGAAACUCAAUGAUGUCAUCUAAUGAUGGUGGCAAGAAUGCUGGGAAUGAAUUGUCUAAGGUAAGCCAGGAUGGAUCUUUCAGGAGGAGCAAAAGAAUCAAGAAAUCACCAGAUGCCUCUCCAUUGGAUGAUGUGGAUGCAUCCUUAUUUGUUUCAAAUGGUAGUAGUGAUGAUAAUGGUUCUGAAAUUGCCACUGUUGAAUCUGACACUGUUAGUUUAAAUGAAGGCAGCACUAGUGACUCUGGCUGUAAAGUUGAACAUCUCAAGUCUGUUCUUGGGUGUUUGGAUGCGGAUCUUGAGCUGAGUAAGGUACUUGAUUUCCAAAUAAAGUCCAUUGUUAAGAAGAAGAGGAAACAAAACAGAAAGCGUGCUGCUGAUGAUCCUGCUGAGUCUCAAGCUAGAGGUGAGGUAGAAGCUAAUUUGGAGGUAGAGAUGCAUGAUACCAGGCAAACUUCACAAAACACCAGUGAUGAUUCAAAUGUAAAUUAUACCAAAGAAGAUGGUGAUGAGCACCUUCCUUUAGUGAAACGUGCCAGGGUCCGAAUGGGCAAACUAUCAUCUGCUGAUGAGUCUAAUUGUGUUUCAAGGGCUGAAGAAAACCCUUUCAAUGAAAUUGCAGUCAAUUCAUCAAAGCAGAUCAGUCCAUCAACAAACUAUCUUGAUGGUAGUCCUGUUGGUAGAGACUCUAUAGAGGCAAAGGCUGAUUUAGUUAAUUUGUCACCUUCAAAAGUUGGCACUCAAGUUUCAGGAAAUAUGCCACAGCCUUGGAAAGUUUCGAGAAAUCAGUUUGGCUGUUCAGCUGACGGUGAAGCUGCUCUACCUCCAUCUAAACGCCUCCAUCGUGCUCUGGAGGCUAUGUCGGCUAAUGCUGCUGAAGAAGUUAAAGCUCAUGAUGAAGCUUCAGCAACCUUGAAAACUCUAGUUAAUGGCUGUUCUGGCUCUCCAAUGGGGGUAUUUUGUCAAAUGGAUGCUGAAGAAAAAGAGGUGAAGAGUUUGGAGGUGUGUAGCGUUGAUUCACUUGGAAAUGGUGCGCCUGGGUUUGUUUCCAGAUCAAACCCAACACGUUUGGGCAAACCCACCAAAUCUUCUAUGGAAGCGGACACUUGCAAUCAACCUUCCAGUCCUGAGAACAAAAAACAUGAAUUCUGUGAUCAUGUUGUUCUGGAGACCAGCAAUCAUAAUGUUCGAGAAAGUGAUGGUGGGCCACUUGUUGAUUCUUGUACUGUACAGCAUGUGGUUCAAAACCAAAAUUUAGAUCUUUUGUCCCCAGAACAUGGUAAAGGUAAGGCUAGCUCUUCAGGCCAGCCAUUGCUUUCAAAAGAUGAGAAAAAUGGUGAAAAUAUUGAUUUGAGGGAUUAUAGGUUUGAAAAUCCUGAUGAUCCACUUGAUACUUCAAAACAUGUCAAGAUGAGUCUUAAUCUUGCUGGCCUAGGGACUGACAAAACUCUUGAAGUUUGUCCUCAAGAUGGUGCAAACACACCUCUGCGUGUUGUUGAACAUACCAGUUGUGCAAAUAAUGAGUCACUGAAGUCUCAUAUUGAUGAGAGCAGCUUAGUUAAUAGCAUGGGUGAGGUAAUGGAAGAUGUCCAACACAAAGGAAGGCAAAAGAAUGGAAGUUCUGGUUUGAUUUAUGAUGACCAUUUGAGUGACAAAGAUGCCUUAGGCAGCCAGUUUAGUCCACCUUCAACUGAUGGAGUAGAUUCUGCAGCUAGGGUCUCUCCUCUCAAUACCUCAAUUUGCCACAUAUCUACCUCUGAGAGUGCUAAUAUUAGUCAAGACAAUGGAUGUUGUAGUCCUAAUGUCCGUUGUAUUCAGAACAAAAAUUUAUCUGUUUCAACUGCUUCUGAUGAAGGAAAAACUGAAUCUGCAGCCUUUGACAGGCCAAGGUCUGUCAGCAAGUGCAAUAAUUAUCAAGAAGUGCAUGCUGCUCUGUUAUCCUUUGAGAAUAUGCUAGGAACCUUAACAAGGGCGAAGGAAAGUAUUCUUCGUGCAACACGCAUUGCAAUUGACUGUGGAAAACUUGGUGUCUCUGCUAAGGUUGUAGAAAUUUUGGCUCGUCAGUUGGAAAUAGAGACAAGCUUAAAGAGAAGGGUAGAUUUGUUCUUCCUUGUGGAUUCCAUCACACAGUGCUCCAGAGGUUUGAAAGGUGAUAUUGGGGAUAUAUAUCCUUCAGCCAUUCAAGCAGAAUUGCCACGCCUACUCUCUGCUGCCGCUCCGCCUGGAUCCAUUGCGCAUGAUAAUCGUAGGCAGUGCCUAAAGGUUUUGAGAGUUUGGCUGGAAAGAAAAAUCCUUCCAGAGUCUGUUAUUCGUGAACAUAUACGAGAACUUGAUUCACUUUCACGCCGCUCAGCAAGAACAGAGAGGGCCUUUGAUGAUCCUGUCAGAGAGAUGGAGGGUAUGCUUAUGGAUGAAUAUGGCAGCAAUUCAAGUUUUCAGCUUCCUGGAUUUUGCAUGCCAUGCAUGAUCAAGGAUGAGGAUGAAGGAAGUGAUUCUGAUGGAGAGAGUUUUGAGGCUGUCACUCCUGAACGUUAUUCUGGAACCCCUGAAGAACGAGAAGCAAACUUUGCAGUUGAGAAGCGUCGACAUAUUUUGGAAGAUGUUGAUGGUGAGCUUGAAAUGGAGGAUGUUGCUCCUGAAAUUGAAAUGAGUUCAACAUGUGAUGUUACUGGAGUUAAUACAGCACAAACUUCACAGAACCAAUCUGUGGAGCAUUAUCAAUUGCCUUAUGCUCCUCCUUUGCCACAAGAUGUGCCUCCAUCAUCACCACCCUUGCCAUCAUCCCCACCCCCACCACCUCCUCCGCCAUCACUUCCGCCUCCUCCCCCUGUCAUUGCUCCACCAUGUCCAAUGUCUGGUUCCUACACCAAUGGCAUCGACUCAAAGGUUUAUAAUGGGCAGGAUGAACUGCGGCAUCCUGUGGCUCCACCGUCAGUUCCUCCGAGAAUGGAUUCAACAUUGUGCACCAAUGCCAUGCCUUAUCAAGGCCCUGAGUCUAGAGAUAUUCAUGCUCCAAGCCGGGUUUCUGAAUGCCGUGGCUCCUAUAAUAGUUACCCUGCACCUCCAGUGAGCAAUAUGCAACAAACUGAUUGCCCUAGCUUCCAUAACCAGGCUUACCCACCUUGUCCUCCUUAUCAUGCAUCAUCAGAUCAUUUUUCAUACAUUCAUGCAGGCCAGCAUAUGAAAUCUCAGAGGGAGGCCCCACCUCCUUAUUCCAAUAGAUUUCACUAUGCACCAAAUGGUGAAGGCAGAAACUUUUACAGUGGUCAUGAGAGAAUGAAACCAGCUCCAUAUGAACAUAGAGAGGGCUGGAGGGAUCCGGCUCCCUCCUUCUCUGGUCCAUGUUAUCCAGACAGAGUUAGAGCAUCCUAUCCACAGGAUUCGUAUGGUCACCCCCCAUGUGAGCCAACAAGGUUCCCAAACCAAGGCUGGGAUUUUCCUCGUGGAAUGAAUCAUCGAGAUUCUUAUCCUAUGAGACCACCUCCAGAAGGUUCUGUUCCAGUGGGGUCAAGAGUCUACUACUUUUGUGUCCAAGCUACCUUUUCCCUUGUAGUCUACUACUUUUGUGUCCAAGCUACCAAUAUAUGCGUCUGUCUUAAUGCAUAUUGCCAAAAUUUCUGGCUUAUAAUUUUGUUUCCUGUGUUACAGCUCCAAACAUGUGGUGGCCAAGAUGAUGAAAAGUUUUCCACACCUAAAAUGUUGUAAUAAACCUUUUUGGACCCAAGUUAAGCCAUUGGUUGAAAAGAGUUGAGUUUCUUUCUGGUCCAAUCCUGCAUUCAUUGCAAGGAACACAUCUUCAGUUUGGUGUGGAGCUGGAAACCAGCUUUUUGGCCUGGUUUGUAAAUAUAUGUACUGUAUCAUCUCUUCUGCAAAUGUGGAGGAUAGUUAGAUGGUCAUUGUGGAACUUGGGGGAGAGCUUUAUGCCUUCAUCAAAUGCUAGGCUGCCAUGUAUCAAUUUUUUCCUCCAUUUUUUUUUUUUUUUUUGCAUUUCUAGUAUAAUUUAUUCCCUGGAAGUUCCCAUUAGGAACUAUGGCAAAAGUUUUACCGGGCCAUCAGUCGAAAGUAUUUACUCUAGACCAGAGAGUUGAUACCCUUUUUGUGACUGUAAACAGUCCUUUUAGAUGAUAUAUAUACACUGCUGCAAAUUCAUUGGUUGAGUUGGAAUUAAUCACAUAAUCAAACUGUCAGUAUUCA